CAGCCGGUGGGCCGGCCCCGGUGCCUGCCCCGCCCCACCGGGAGCCUAGAAAAGCGGAGCCGGGCGCCGAGGGCUUUGCCAGCCGACCAUGAAGAACCCGGUGCAGCAAGCAGCGUCGCUGCUGCUGGAGAAGCUUAUGAUGCUCCUCGUCCACGUCCGGCCCUUGCUCGCGGGCUCCGGCGGGGAGACAACGCCACCGCCCCCCGGCGACUACGACACCAGCUGCUUCAAGCGGGGCGACCUUCUGGAGGUGCCCCGCACCCUCUUUAUUCACUUCGGCAUCUACCUGGGCGAGAACCGCGUCGCCCACUUGAUGCCCGACAUCCUGCCCUCCUUCACCGACGACCUCCGGCAGAUCCAGCAGGUGGUGACCAACAAGCGGCUUAUCCUGGGUGUCAUCGCCAGGACGGCCAGCGUCCGCGUGGACACGGUGGAGAACUUCGCCUACGGCGGCAGCAUCCUGGUCAACCACAUGGACCGGCUCUUCGAGGACCAGGUGCUGGGCAGCGAGGAGGCGGCGCGCCGGGCGGAGAAGCUGAUGGGCACCACGGCCUACAGCCUGCUCUGGAACAACUGCGAGCACUUCGUCACCUACUGCCGAUACGGAGCCCCGGUCAGCUUUCAGACCGACAAGUUCUGUGAGACUGUGAAGAUGAUUAUUCGGGACCAGAGGAGCGUGCUCGCGUCAGUGCUUGUGGGACUAGCGUCAAUAGUCUGCCUAGGUUUGGCACCCUCCACCACGCUCCCCACUAUCUUUAUUCCCUUCUUCCUGUGGAUGGCUGGCUGACAGCCUUCCUGGAGGUGUGCAACUGGCAUCUGUAUAUAGGAUGUAUACUACUGUAUUUAUGAAAGCACAGAUUACUCAUCGAUGUCGUGUAAAGUUUCUUAACCUUGUGCACCAUUUUAAAAUACAACUCUGUCUAGAACACAGUGCACAAGGCAUAGCUUACUGUGUAAGCCAAGUAACAGAUUUCCUGAAAAUCUUGGUAUAUUUUAACACACCUUUAAAUCGUGAAAAAAAGUAGGUUUGCAAUGCAGUUCUGUUCCUUGUCUUUAGCCAUAAGUGAUUCUGACUACAUCCUUCAGAUUCUUCAAUUUCUUAGCUGCAUACCUGGGUGCCAUAACUAUUAACAAAAAUGGAUGAUGGAGUUCCACAAAGUGAUGGAAAUGGGAAACAAGCUGCUUACCUCUUUCUUUUAUAAAUAUAGUAUAUAUUCAGAAGUUACUGUGUCCAUUCUUAAAAUACUCUUUAGUGGAAAUGCAAGUAAGUAAACUGACUCUUUUUGAUAGCAAAGAAGGAAAACCAACCCCUGUGCUGCAGGAGCACAUCUGGCUAGACUGGCUAAAGUAAUUUCCCUUCUGAGAAAUGUUCACAAAUCUGUCAGUUGUAUUAAUUGUGUAAAUGCUUGCUACAGUAUUGAACAACUUUUUAAUUGGGUUAGUGGUAAGGAAAGAUGGCAACUCCUUGCCAAUUUCCUUGCUACUGAUAGUGGCUAGUAUGGCUAAUAUAAAUGGCGACAGAGGGAUUUAGGAGAUACAGGAAGAAACUGUCUUGCCAUAUGACAGCUAGUGACCUACAGAUGUUGGACAUUCCCAGUGUUCCAGAAAACAUGGCAGUGAGGAGGAGGACAGACACCAAUUUAAUUCCUGCCUUCCCUCAGCAGUGGAACCUGUGUGAGUGCCAUGAAGUAUCAGGGAUUAUCAGAGCAGUUUCUGUGGUGGCUAUAUUGUGAUUUUGUAUAUUGCCUUAAAACAAGAUGCUUCUCAGUAAAAGAUAACGUGUCUUUCUAUACUCAUUUCUUGUGAGUAAGUAUUCACUUGCAAGCCAACAGAUGGUGCUAAAAAUGUUUCAUCUUCAGUGUUGUGGCUUUUUGGUUUAUCAAGAAUGUGUAAAGUUGGAUUUGAAAUCAAGUUCAUGUAGCCAAUUGUUUAAAUGCCAAAAACCUUUGCUAUUUUUUUUUCUUAACAAGGUCUUUUAUGUAUGCAGAGAAAUUGUUCAGCUCCUGGAAUGUCUUGUGUGCAUACAUGCACUUACUUGUUCACACACUGUGCUUUCCUUCCUUUCUUGUCAAGAGCCAAUACAACAGUGUCUUGACCAAGGACUGAACUUCAGAUAUACUUGUUUCUCUAAAUGGUGUGCAGUGUCCUGUUAUCAGCUCUGUUACUGAAAUGGCCACUACCCAAAUUUUUACAGAGACUCAUUUUAACUGUGCUAUAAACCCCCUCCUCCUCCCCCUAGACCUUACAGAUGCUUGAAGAUUAUAUUUUUGAAAUGUGAGUCUACUUGGCUACUCUCUAAUCGUUGUCUUCUGGCUACUUCACUAUAAGCGACAAAGAAUGUAAAGACUGGGGUGAAAUUCCAGCUCAUAGGAAACAGCAGCAUGACUGCUGCUGCCAUCAAGCGAGAGGGGAUUUCAGCCCAGCUUUCAGUACAUGUUCAUUCUGCAGCCCAGCUCCAAGCAGCUGGAUAUCAAUUACUGCUGGAUCCUUGUAAACAACUUCUGUUCUGCUUUCAAAGAUUACAAUGCUCAGUGUAACUGUUUCUGGUAAACUUUUGAAAUUAAGGUGUUUUUUAAUUAA